AUUCCCAGUUGAGUAAUAGAGCGUAAUAUUAGCAAUGUUUGAUUUGUAUUGCCGCAGUUUAAAGUGGUGUGCUGUUAUCUGUCCUUCGGUUCCUUGCUUUGCUUCCUUUAUUUCAGGCUCCAAAAAUCUUUGUAUUUCGAACAAAGAACUGAGAGAACUUUUUAUCAACAAAAUCGAGCUUUCAAAGAUCAAAUCCGACGCCCUGGGAAUUGAAAGGGAAGAAGGCAAGACACAUGACAAGGAGAAAAAAAGAGAGGAAAUUGGUCUGGCCAAAUGACAAGGCUGUCCCCCUGAAGUUAUUCAUGUCUAAAUUAUUUAUUCACAUCGCGACUUGAUUCAAACAACCUUUUGAACAAACCUCAAAUUCGUCUUAUUUACGCCACCCUCUACGUGAUUUUUAAUCAUUAGUUUGGAAAUUUUGGACUCCUUUCUUUUUUGAAUUGGUACUCGGUACUUUAGACUAGACUGUCGUUUGGUCUGAUUUAAGUCCAGUUGACCAAAUGUCGCAGAAGUUCGCGAGUGGUCGUGCCGUGGGAACGCGUAUGAGCGCGGAGAACUUCGCCAAGUACUUCCAGUCUAAGAAACGCGGCAGCAGACAAGACAGACGUGAGUCCCAAGAGCCCAAUGAGUUCCAGUUCGACCCAGACUUCAAGCCCUUCCUCCUCUCUCACCGCAAGACCAACAUCACCACCGCCAUCUUCAUGAUAGUCUCAGGUGCGUGCAUGUUACUCGUGAGUCCCUUCUGCUCUUACUCUGUGAGCAGCAGCAGGUGCUGGACCAGUGAGAGCCUAAAGAGUGUGUACAGUCAGGCCCUUGUGGCAGGAGAGAGCAUAGACAGGAUACGAUGGAUCUACGGUCUGCGAUACAUCGGGGGGUUCCUGCUGGGCAUCGGCAUCUUCUAUUUUAUCCUCAUUGUCCAGUUCCACUCGUGGAGACACAAGAUGGGAAUAGACUUGGCCAACAAACAGAGUAGGAUGGCGGCCAGCAGUGAGAAUGACGGACACUCCUCGAACUUCAAUGUCUAUGACAUCAUGGUCAAGGCGUGGGUGAGAGACCAGCGCACUUUGGACAAAAAGUGCCAAGAGAUGGAAGACGAAAACUUGCCAGUGAUAGAUGCAGACUCAAUAAAAAGUGUGGAUUCCGAGAACUUCAUGCCCCCCUCGCCCUUCACGUACCACUCUCCAACCAUGCCACGUGACAAAUAGCACCCCUUGCCCCCGCCUUCUGUUCACACCUCGCUACAAGUGCAUCCUCUACCCAGAGAAGCUUCUAAACACUUGCCUUCAUUGACUUUAUUUCCUCACGAUCAGAAUCAGAAUCCAACAAACAACAAUCGGUUUGAUUCAUUCAUCACCCUGCAUUUCAGCAGAUCGAAGCUAUUUAAAAAGUAGAUUCUGUUUUAGUUUUGUAUUGGUAUAAAAAAUUUUUGUAACGUUUGAGCUGGCAGACAG